AUGAACAAGCUAUAUAUUGGAAAUCUGAAUGAAAAUGUGACCGUAGAGGACUUGGUUAAAACCUUUGAAGACUACAAGAUUCCUUACUCUGGGCAGUUUCUAGUAAAAACGGGAUACGCGUUUGUUGAUUGCCCGGACGACCAAUGGGCUAUGAAAGCAAUUGAAACAUUUUCUGGUAAAGUGGAACUUCACGGCAAAAGAAUUGAAGUAGAACAUUCUGUCCCUAAGAAACAAAGGACCAGGAAACUCCAGAUUAGAAACAUUCCACCGCAUUUACAAUGGGAGGUGCUUGAUGGUCUGCUUGCACAGUAUGGAACCGUUGAGAACUGUGAACAAGUUAAUACAGAAAGUGAGACAGCUGUGGUGAAUGUUACUUAUGCGACUCGGGAGCAAGCCAGACAAGCGAUCCAAAAGCUGAAUGGCUACCAGUUUGAGAACAACACUUUGCGCGUGUCUUACAUACCUGACGAGAGCUUGGACGUUGACUCCCAGCGUAGCCCUGACAACGGUCGCCGUUCUGGAUACGGUGCUCGUGUCAACUCCAGGCAGGGUGCCCCUGGCACAGGGAUGCCUUCUAAGCAUCAGCACACUGAUAUCCCUCUCCGUUUGCUUGUACCAACCCAGUAUGUGGGUGCCAUCAUUGGCAAAGAAGGUGCCACUAUCCGCAACAUCACCAAGCAGACUCAAAGCAAGAUUGACGUCCACCGUAAAGAGAACGCCGGGGCCGCAGAAAAGCCCAUCAGCAUCCACUCGACUCCUGAGGGCUGCUCGGCAGCCUGCCGUAUGAUCCUUGACAUCAUGCACCAGGAAGCCAAAGACACCAAAACUGCUGAUGAGGUGCCUCUGAAGAUACUUGCCCACAACAACUUUGUAGGUCGUCUGAUCGGCAAAGAGGGGCGUAAUUUGAAGAAAGUGGAACAAGACACUGACACUAAGAUCACUAUCUCACCGCUGCAGGAUCUGACCCUGUAUAACCCUGAGAGGACCAUCACAGUGAAAGGUGCCAUUGAGGCCUGCUGCUUGGCUGAGCAGGAAAUCAUGAAAAAAGUGCGGGAGGCCUAUGAUAAUGACAUCGCUGCCAUGAAUCAACAGACACACCUUAUCCCUGGACUGAACCUUGGAGCGCUUGGCCUUUUCCCUCCAUCCUCUUCCAUGCCUCCUCCUCCUCCUGGAAACCCUGGGGUUUGUCCCCCAUAUGGUUCAUUUGGGGCUCCUGAGCAGGAGACAGUUCAUGUGUAUAUCCCAGCACAAGCAGUGGGAGCCAUCAUCGGCAAGAAGGGCCAGCACAUUAAGCAGCUGAGCCGCUUUGCUGGAGCCUCCAUUAAGAUUGCACCAGCAGAGACACCUGAUUCAAAGAUGCGCAUGGUCAUUGUUACUGGUCCACCUGAGGCCCAGUUUAAGGCUCAGGGAAGAAUAUAUGGCAAGCUGAAAGAGGAGAACUUCUUUGGGCCAAAGGAAGAGGUGAAGCUGGAGACGCACAUCAAAGUAGCAGCAGCAGCUGCUGGCAGAGUUAUUGGAAAGGGUGGAAAGACGGUGAAUGAGCUACAGAACCUAACUGCAGCUGAGGUGGUGGUUCCUAGAGAGCAGACUCCUGAUGAGCAGGACCAGGUUAUUGUCAAAAUCAUCGGCCACUUUUAUGCAAGUCAGCUGGCCCAGAGGAAGAUCAGAGACAUUUUGACACAAGUUAAGCAGCAACAGAAAGGUGGCAUGGGAGGCCCUCCAGCAUCUCACCCACAGAACCUGUCAGAGCUUGGGCCCCACCAGGGAAUGACCCAGGAGCCUAGGAGGAAGUAACAGGCUCCAGCCCAAAACUGGAUGGACAGACGGAUGGACAGACAGAGGAGAAACAG